GUGUUUAGGUUCCUCAUUUCUACAUGUUUACAGAGGUAGAAACACAGCUCUUGGCUUUUCUUCUUCUUAUGAUCUUUUUGCUUUUUUGAAGAACUGCUGCAAGAGUUGAGACAGAAUUGUGUUCUACCAUGUAUACCUUCGGACAGGCACUGAUCUGUGACCUCUCUUCAUUUUAGAGGGAGAAAAUGGACGCAUCACUGGUUUCCUUUUCUCAACUAAAUAUGUGUGAAUCUAAAGAAAAAACGUUUUUCAAGUUAAUACAUGGUUCAGGAAAGGAAGAAACCAGCAAAGAAGCCAAAACAAGAGCUAAAGAAAGAAGAAAUCGGCUAAGUCUUCUCCUACAAAAACCUGACUUACAUGAAACAAUCCACUCAAGUAGAUUUGGGUUCUGGGCAAGAGAAACAAGAGUUUCUCCUGAAGAAGCAGUGAAAUGGAGUGAAUCAUUUGACAAACUGCUUUCCCAUCGAGUUAUGUCAUUUUAUUUGAUAGAUGGACUGGAUGCUUUCACCCGAUUUCUUAAAACCGAAUUCAGUGAGGAAAACAUUGAAUUUUGGAUUGCCUGUGAAGAUUUCAAGAAAAGUGAGGAUCCCCAACAAAUUAUACUCAAAGCCAAAGCAAUAUAUGAGAAAUUCAUACAGAGCGAUGCUCCACAAGAGGUUAACCUUGAUUUUCACACUAAAGAAGUUAUUGCCAAGAGUAUCACCCAACCAGCCCUUCACUGUUUUAAUACUGCCCAAAGCAGAGUAUACCAGCUCAUGGAGCAAGACAGUUAUACACGCUUUCUGAAAUCUGACAUCUAUUUAGACUUGGUAGAAGGAAGACCCCCGAGACCAACAAAUCUUAGGAGACGAUCACGUUCAUUUACCUACAAUGAAUUCCAAGAUGUAAAUUCAGAUGUUGCUAUUUGGUUAUAGGAAAAUAAUUUUGAUGAUAAAUCUGUUCAUCUAAGAUGCAACAGGUUAUGUUAAAAAUAUUACAUAUUUUAAAGUAAAAUAUAUGAUAUAUAUAAAAAUAAAAAGUAAAACAUUUAUGC